AUGCUCAAGGAUCGGAGCAUGAGUUCCAAGUGGAUAUGGCUUCUGGUGGCAGUUGCAAGGUCUGCAGCUGGCUGCCCUGAGGGCUUUAGGUCUUUCAAUGAGAAAUGUUACAUCUUCACGGAGGAGAAGGGGAGCAUGACGCAGUGUCAGGACCGGAUAUGCAGUGGUUUGGGUGCGACCUUGGCAGUGAUCCAUGACAUCGACACGCAGUUUUUCUUGGUGAAUCUCACACAGGAGUUUAAGGGACCUGCUUACGUAGGUCUUUUCGAGAGGGGUGUGAACGAAAGCGGUGAUUGGACGUGGGUCGACGGAAGCAACUUCAGCUUCGAGCCGGAUGCUAACGGGACUCAGUACCCUUUAGCCGGCUGGGCCCUCUCCGAGCCUGACAACUGGUGCUUGGACGAGGAUUGUGCUGCCUUGGGUGUUGAGUUCCUGCCGAACUACUCGGCCAGGGGCAUCCCAUGGCUCUCUUCUCUGUUUGCGCCGCUGAAGUCCAAGGGCCUCAUUGACAUCUCCUGCAACACGCAGCUCCACUGCCUCUGCCAGGAGGGCCAGGAGGUCUCUGAGGAUUUCGUCAACUGGGAGUUCAACAACUCGGCCUUGAACAAUGAGAACAGCCUCCAUGUGAACGCCACCUACCUCCAGAACUACAUGACCUGCUUCUUCAAGCGGACUCGUUGCUGGUGGUACGACAAUCAGACCUUCCAAGGCUCUUUCCUGGGCCUGGGCUUCCUCUGCCUAGGCUGCCUCAUCUACAGCAUGACGGGCUGCCAAGAAGGAGCCAAGCCGGCCGUGACGCUCGGUGAAGCGUCGGCUUCCUCGAACUAUGGCCAGCUUCUGGAGGCCUGUGACCGCCAGAACGAGGUGGAUAGCAUGGUGGACAGGUGGAUUGUGAAAGGCUCCUGGGCAUCCAUGCUCUAUGGGAUCCUCCUGGUGGUCCUGUCGGUGUCCACCGUCUGCCACGUGAACUUCGGCAUCGGCUUCGGCUUCGGUGUCGAUGGGCUCCUGGCCCUUGCCAUGUGCGGAGCACAGGUGAUCAUCAGUGCCAGUGCUUGUAUGGUCCAAAAGCAUCUCUCGACGCCCUCCAGGAUGGUCGUUGCAUGGUGGGUGCUUGCUUUUGCCCUCGCUAAAGUCGGCAUGGCCAUCGGCGAUCUCAUUCUGGCGGUGAUGUACGUGACAGAGACGUUGGGUGGAUUCGUCCGGGAGAAUGCCAGUUUUUGCAGUGCUGGCUACCUCUUCUGCUGGAUGCUUAUGGUCUCCAUGGUCUGCCAGAGCGUGGCAGGCAUGGCGAUAGCACGGAUUCACACUCGAGCAGCACAACAUAUGGGUGGGAUUUCAAGCCUCACCAAGAUUAUCGGUUGCUCGGGCUUGCUCUUCAUCGUGGCCACCUUCGGGGCUGGCUUGGGGCUUGGCGUGUGCUGUGGGCUCUUCAUCUUCGAUGACUCCUCCGACGCAGUGGAUCCGAUGUUCGGCAUCGCCUUUUCCUAUUUCGCCGCCGCGCUCUUUCACUUCCUGGCCGGUGCCGGCAGCCUGCGUGCGAACACGCAGGUCAUGAUGCUCGCCGGCAGGAGUCUUGUGCGCCCCGACGAAGUCAAAAAAGAAGCGUGGGUUGCCUCUAGGGUGCAGUUCGGAUUGCUGGUCCCCGCAUCUGCCGCCAUGCAGAUGAUGCAUGAAGCCAUGCCUCCUGGCGAGCAUCCUCCACAUCAUCCGCCUUCACAGGCACAGAGGCCAGCAAAGCGGCGACGGCUGAAGGGCCUCGAUGCCAACAGCCUGGAGAAGCUCCUUCGUGGGCUGCAUCAAUGUCUUAGGAGAAUCGUCGACUCCCUGCCCGAUGCGGCGGCUGGGCCAAACGGCAAGGAGGCACCCGUCCAAGCUCUAGAGGAGGAGUUCGAGCGCCACUGGAGGCUGCGCUUCGAUGCCCGUGCCAUGGGUGAAUCAGGCACUGCCUCGUUCUUGCGGCGCUUCCCUUCCGUUUUCAAAGCCAGAAGCAAUGGCGUCGAAGUGCUGGUCGCCCCGCUUGAGGACCCCAACUUCGAUGACGCAGCCGCGGCCGGUUUGGAGCGUGCGGCGCCCGAAGACAAAAGCUUCCAGGUAGAUGGCUUCGCUGCCAGCUUCGGUGAACAGGUCAUCGCUGCGCUGGCGAACCUGGUGGCCGAGGAACGGAAGCCUGGCAGCGUUCCUCUGAAUUUCCAGUAUGCCAGCUUCGAGGUGGCGCAGGAGCUGCUAACGAAGCUGAAAGACGGUGGAAACCGUGAAGAGGAGGACGAGCUCAUCAACUCGCUUCUGGAACCGAAGCCUCGCGCGGUGCCAAAGCAGGAGGACUUCCCGCGAGAAGAUCCACUAGGUCACAUGCCCCCACCCAUGGGGCCCGGACCGCCAGGACCUCCUCCUUUUCCGGGCCCCGGAGGAUCUGGGCCACCGCCGCCUGGUCCCCCCAUGGGCGGCCCCAUGGGCGGCGGCGACUGGAAGGGCAAGGGCGGAUUCGGCAAAGGCGGCGGAAAGAAGGGCGGGGGCAAGUUCGGCAAGUUCGGCAAGUUCGAUUACGGGCGGUGGUGA